AUGUACUCCUUUGAUGGUUAAUUCGCUUCUGGUACUGGAAAUACUUCAUGUUCAACUUGCGACACAGGCAAAACAAAUACUAAAGAUUUUUCUGAUUGUUAAUGCAUUGAUCCUAACUCUAAAUUGAAUGGAGGUAGCUGUGUUUGUAAUCCAGGCUAUAUCGGAACACCAGCUGCCUCAAAAAAUUCUUUGAAUAGCUGUACAGCUUGCCCAGCUGGAUAAUUUACAGAUUUAACAUCUGGAAAAUGCUCUCCUUGUAUUGCUGGAACAUUUUCAAAUGGAUAAGCUAAUGUAAAUUGCACUUAAUGUAGCUCAGGAUAAUAUGCAAGUGGUACUGGAAAUACGGCCUGUAGCAACUGUGGAUCAGGAUCUACUAACACAGAUGAUUUCACUGGUUGUAAAUGCUAUGAUUCAAAUGCAGUAACAUGGUCUGCAGAUAAAAAUUAAUGCUUAUGUGCUGCUAACUUUUAUGGAGAUGCAAGUUAAGCUACUAGUACUUCAAAAACUUAAUGUACUAACUGUCCAAACAAUACAACAGCAAAAGCAGGAGCAGCUAAAACUCAAAAAGAUUGUUAAAAUCCUUCCUCUUCUUCUUCUUAGAGCUCAUAAAAUAACUAAUAAAAUAGUUAAAAAACUUACUCUUAAAUUAUAUAAAUAUCGAUAUUAGCUCUAGUAUUGCUAAUAUGA